GUAAAUAUAUGCUUAGCUAAGAAGAAAAUGAAUACCAAUUUCUUAUAUAUAGAUCCUCAAAAUAGCACAUAGAUAUAAUUGUUUCUCAUUUAUAACAAACUCAAUCUUAAUAUCUUUCAUUCAACUUCUCUAUCUAUCUUUACGCUGCAAACACUUGUUAUUAGCAACAUGACUGGUCUCCACCGUCACAACCAUCACAAGGAUGAGGCACCUAAAGACCCGAAGAAGGAAAUGAAGCACCACAAACACCUUGAACAUCUCGGCCAAGCUACUACCAUUGCCGUCGGUGCUUAUGCCCUACACGAGAAGCAUCAAGCCAAAAAAGAUAUGGAGCAUGCCCACAAGCACAAGGUGAAAGAAGGGGUUGCCGCCGCGGUUGCAGUUGGGGCUGCUGGAUUUUCAUUCCAUGAACAUCACAAGAAAAAGGAAGCCAAGGAAGAACUUAAGAAACACAAGCACCAUCAGCUUAAACACUAGUAUUAUAUCAAAUUAAAUGCCCUGGCUUAUGAUCACACAUAUAGUAUAUAUAUCUAUUAUUUUAUUGUAUAAUUUAUAUCAUAAUUUUAUUUGAUUGAUUAUGUGUUGUAAUUUA